AUGUCUGUCACUAGAUCAUCGAAAGUGACGACAAAACCGUCUUCUUUAGCCGAAUCUGCAAAGUCGAAGGACCAAUCGAAUGAAAUCCAAACAGCGAUGCAAGUCGAAAUAUCAAAAUUUUUGAAAUCUGAUGAGUUUAAGAUUCUCUUAAAGGAAUCCAUUAGGGGAGUUAUAUCGGACAUGGUUCAAUGCGCAAUGAAGCCUCUUCAGGAUAAGAUUGUUGAAUUAGAGGCUAAAGUCGAAAAACGUCAGGAGAAGACUAACGACAACGAACAGUAUUCGAGGAGAUAUAGUAUCCGCAUUUAUGGACUAAGUCAGGCGCCAGGGCUAGUGCAGGAGGGUGUCGAUGGAGUCGUGCCUAAAGAAAAUUGUGCUCAAACAGUAAUUGACUUUUGCAAAGCUGAACUGGGCGUAAUUGUGAAACGCGAGGAAAUCGAUCGCGCUCAUAGAAUUGGUCGACCUAUAUAA